CCAGUCACUCACUGUAGAGACCACAUCCAUCUCCUCCACUGUAGAGACCACAUCCAUCUCCUCCACUGUAGAGACCACAUCCAUGUCUGAUAAAAACAUCCCAUUCACUCACUGUAGAGACCACAUUCAUCUCCUCCAGUAGCCAAAGGACUGUGUACCCAUCAUGUCAACACCCAUGACAGGAAGCCAACUGACAGACAGACACACCCUGAAUAAUGACAGAUAAUUGAUGUAGCUAGAUGAUAAUUCUCCUGAACUACAGCCUCUCUUCAUGUUUGCUCAGAGCCUGCCUAAUGGCCUCUGGGUGUGGGUCCGCUCGAUGACUAGGACGAGAGUCACGUGUCGACUGAUAGGGUGCCCCUCAAAUGGCCCCCUAUUUCAUGUAGAGCCCUGGUCAACAGUCGGGAAUAGGGCCCUGGUCAACAGUAGAGAAUAGGGCCCUGGUCAACAGUAGAGAAUAGGGUCCUGGUCAACAGUAGAGAAUAGGGCCCUGGUCAACAGUAGGGAAUAGGGUCCUGGUCAACAGUAGAGAAUAGGGCCCUGGUCAACAGUAGGGAAUAGGGUCCUGGUCAACAGUAGAGAAUAGGGCCCUGGUCAACAGUAGAGAAUAGGGCCCUGGUCAACAGUAGAGAAUAGGGCCCUGGUCAACAGUAGAGAAUAGGGCCCUGGUCAACAGUCGGGAAUAGGGCCCUGGUCAACAGUAGAGAAUAGGGCCCUGGUCAACAGUAGAGAAUAGGGUCCUGGUCAACAGUAGAGAAUAGGGCCCUGGUCAACAGUAGGGAAUAGGGUCCUGGUCAACAGUAGAGAAUAGGGCCCUGGUCAACAGUAGAGAAUAGGGCCCUGGUCAACAGUAGAGAAUAGGGCCCUGGUAAACAGUAGAGAAUAGGGCCCUGGUCAACAGUAGGGAAUAGGGUCCUGGUCAACAGUAGAGAAUAGGGCCCUGGUCAACAGUAGAGAAUAGGGCCCUGGUCAACAGUAGAGAAUAGGGCCCUGGUCAACAGUCGGGAAUAGGGCCCUGGUCAACAGUAGAGAAUAGGGCCCUGGUCAACAGUAGAGAAUAGGGCCCUGGUCAACAGUAGAGAAUAGGGUCCUGGUCAACAGUAGAGAAUAGGGCCCUGGUCAACAGUAGAGAAUAGGGUCCUGGUCAACAGUAGGGAAUAGGGCCCUGGUCAACUUAGAGAAUAGGGCCCUGGUCAACAGUAGGGAAUAGGGCCCUGGUCAACAGUAGAGAAUAGGGUCCUGGUCAACAGUAGAGAAUAGGGUCCUGGUCAACAGUAGGGAAUAGGGUCCUGGUCAAUAGCAGGGAAUAGGGGGAAUAGGGUUCCAUUUGGGAUGCAUAAGAGGAGAGAAGAAGAGAAAAUAUUAGAGGCAUUGUUCAGUGUGUCUGUGUGAUCACAUGCUAUCAUGGGUUGGGUUUCCCCUCUGAGCGUUCAAAUUCAUUUCUGGGCCUUAGAUAUUGAAUAAGGACUGAGUCUCUCCCUCUCUCUCUACCUCCUUCUCCUUCUCUCUGUUAGUUCCCAGUGUCCAGAGCAUCGCAGGGCAGGAUGUUUACUUCAUGCUUCGUCGUAUGUUAGCGAGGUAAUGACGUCUAAUUGCGUGCUGGUUUAACGACGUCCGUCUCUAACCCUCCUUCGCUAGCCUACCCCGCCAGCCUCUGCCCACCGCCUGUCAUUUUAGAGUUGAUCGGUAACGUUAGCAGACCAAGCAGGGUGUUGUGUCGUACAGUACUGUACCAUGGAGCUGCUAGGGGCCUUCUACAGGAGGAAGCUCCGGAGGAAGCAGAAGAAGGAGGAUGUAGGCCUGGGGACGGGGCCGGGAGAGCUGAGGCGGUCAGACAGGGCGCUGUGCAAGUCCCCCUCUGAGACCAGUGUCAACCGCCUGGCCACCGGACUCAUCUCCAAGGUGCUACGCUUCACCAGACACAGCGGGCCUGUCUCCAGACCUCACUCGUGGCACGCCACCAAGCUAGGCGAGGGCCAGCCAGACCCCAGCAUGAUGCAAAUAUCCCAGGACCCUCCCUGGCAUCACACCUACCCCUCCAGUGCGUCCACUACAGACCUGUCGGGUUACGACCCAGGUUACCUGAGGAAGAGUCCAGACCAGUACAGUUCUAGAGGAAGUAUGGAGAGCCUUGGGGAGCACCACAGCCACCCAGCCUACAGCUCUUCCUGCCACCAGCUGUGUGCCUCCAAGUCCUCCAACAGUAUGGACCACCUUCACAGUAAGAGAGACUCAGCCUACUCCUCCUUCUCCACCAGCUCUAGUAUCCCAGAGUACCUUGCGGCCGCUCCGACCUUUGGUAAGGAGAGGUCGUACUCCAUGGAGACGGUUCCGCAGAGGGGCGGGAUUAGUGGAGGGGGCGGGGCCGGGGCGGAGGGAAUGCAGCAAGCUGACAUCCGAUAUGUCCGUACGGUCUACGACCCCCAGCAGGGCGGUGCUCAGGAGCAUGAGGUUAGCUCCGCCUCUGCUUCGUUGCUACGCAACCACGAGGCUGGCAGGGCGGGGUCUUGUAGUGUGGGCGGGGCCGCCUGUUACCGCGGCACCAGUAGCAGUAGUAACAGCAGUGGCGGAAGCAGCGGUGGUGGUAACCAUGGUAUUAACCCCAACCGUCACAGUGUUGGGCCCAUUUGGGGUCAGAGCGCCAGCCGCAGUUCCUACGAGAGCCUGAAGGGGGCGCCGGCUCCUCCCAUGCGGAGCGACAGCUACGCGGCUAUCAGGAACCAUGAGAGGCCAAACUCGUGGUCCAGCCUGGAUCAGGCUCGCUCCCUCAGGGCUCUCCACAAGGGGUCCACCUCCUCCUGGUACCACUCCUCUGGGUCCGUGGCCUCCAGCUCGGGGAAGGGCUCCUUCGGGGCAGAGGGCCAGCUCCACACCGUCAUAGAGAAGAGUCCCGAGAGCAGCCCCACCACCAAGCCCAAACAGGGCGUGAGUCAGGGCUUCCCGCCGCCCCCCGAGCCCCAGCAAACAUCCACCCCGUCUGGCUGCCUCAUGCUGCCCCAGGGCAUCUAUCCUGUACCCCCGCCGGAGCCCCACUAUGCCCAGAUGCCCACCAGCAGCCCCAACCCCAGCAGCGUGUACCCAGCUUUGGCCAGGGAGAGCAGUCUGAGCAGCCUGAGAGAGCUCCAGGGGUUAAGGCUGGGGGUCAGUGUGGAUACAGGGAUGGCGGUAGUGGUGGAGAAUGGAUACCAAAGCAACCCCUCUUCGUCCUCCUAUGUCACUUCCUCUGGCCAACCUCAGCAUCCUGACUUUGCUCAGCCUCCACCCAAACAGCCAGCUCAGCCUCCACCCAAACAGCCAGCUCAGCCUCCACCCAAACAGCCAGCUCAGCCUCCACCCAAACAGCCAGCUCAUCCAACCCAACCCGCAGACAGAGUGGGAGAAAAGUCAGGGUACGAGGAGACCCAAACUAAACUGGGUCUUUACAGGACUCAUCUGAAGGGGGAGGGACAGACCGUGUCCCAAAGGCAGAGCCAGCGGAGCCAAGGACAGGGACAGGGUCAGAGCCAAGUACAGGGUCAGAGCCAGAGACAGGGUCAGAGCCAAGGACAGGGUCAGAGCCAAGACCAGGGACAGGGUCAGAGCCAGGGUCAGAGCCAGGGUCAGGGUCAGGGUCAGAGCCAGGGCCAAGGACAGGGUCAGAGCCAAGGACAGGGACAGGGUCAGAGCCAAGGCCAGGGUCAGAGCCAGGGUCAGGGUCAGGCAUCCAGACCCUGCUCAACCCAGUCUAUAGGCCAGUCUAUAGGCCAGGAGAGAAGGGACCCAUACACUCCAGUCCAGCCGCGGGGAGAGAGGCUACCCAGGUACUCCCAGGGCUCAGAGAGCUACCCUGAGCACCACCGACAGGACCAGGUCAGGGAGGAAGGGCAGGUCAGACACACAGAGCCCAGUCACUACACUAGUCACCCAGUGGCAGGCACCACCAUGCCCAGUAAGAUCGCCCAGGGACAUGUUCCCAAGGGGAGCAGCAGCAGAAGUACCCCAGCACAGGUGUCUGACCAGCUGGUAGAGCAGAGGGCCCAGGGGCCUGACCAGCAGGUAGAGCAGAGGGCCCAGGGGCCUGACCAGCAGGUAGAGCAGAGGGCCCAGGGGCCUGACCAGCAGGUAGAGCAGAGGGCUCAGGGGCCUGACCAGCAGGUAGAGCAGAGGGCCCAGGGGCCAAACCAGCAGGUAGAGCAGAGGGCUCAGGGGCCUGACCAGCAGGUAGAGCAGAGGGCCCAGGGGCCUGACCAGCAGGUAGAGCAGAGGGCCCAGGGGCCAGACCAGCAGGUAGAGCAGAGGGCCCAGGGGCCUGACCAGCAGGUAGAGCAGAGGGCCCAGGGGCCUGACCAGCAGGUAGAGCAGAGGGCCCAGGGGCCAGACCAGCAGGUAGAGCAGAGGGCCCAGGGGCCUGACCAGCAGGUAGAGCAGAGGACCCAGGGGCCUGACCAGCAGGUAGAGCAGAGGGCCCAGGGGCCUGACCUUCAGGUCAAUGACCAGAGAUCCAGGUCCCCCCUCUGGCACUACAGCAAUCCAAUUCCCCCCCAGCGGCAGAGGGACCAGAGGGGACCAGAGCACCCCCUGACCCAGCUGGAGAACGCCCUAGCAGAUGUCCAGCGCUGUGACAGUCCAGAGAGCUCCGCCAACAGCCAGAACAGCCACCAGAGGAGCCUCUCUGUUCUGGAGAAGGUGAACCGCUUCGAGCGCCGCAAGCAGGACCAUGGGCAGGGGAAGCAGAGGAGUAAAAGCACCAGCGCCAGCCACACCAACCCGAGGCCCUCUUCCUCCCGUCCAACCCAGCCCCAGCCUCAGCCCCAGCACCAGGAGAGGGCCAUGAGCUAUGGUGCUGGUAUGGAUGAGCUGCGUAACAUGCUGGAGAGAAGCAACAGCCCCAGCAGCACCUGCAGAACACAGAGCUCCUCCUCUAGCUCACAUCAUGGGAAAACUACGGUGGCCCACGAGGGUCAUCAUUACGCAGAGCAGCAGAGGCCAGGGAGUUGUGACCAGACCCAGCCUCAGAGCUCCAGGUACCCCCAUCACCACCACCCUAAUCCCCAGGACCCUCACCCUGGCUCGGCACUGCAGAGGAGCAGAAGCCCCUUCCAACUGGGGAGCCAGGAGGGCCAGGAGGAGAAUGGCCAUGACAGAGACAGGGAUGGGGACAGAGAGUUCCAUUGGAGGGAUGGCCUGCAUGACCUACUGGGGACCAUCCAGGACACGUCGUUUAACCGGGCCUACAGGGACAGUAUCAAGGACGCCCAGUCCAAGGUGCUCCGAUCCACUUCCUUCAGACGCAGGGGUCUGGGAAUCAGCGUUAGUGGGAGUGUCAACAACAACUCCCCUCCCAUCCCCGCCAAGCACUUAUCUCUGGAGAGGAAGGCGCUAGCACCUAAGACCAGCCCCAAACCCUCCAUUGUCUCCACUACUGUCCUAGCCUCCGCCCCAGCCCUUGCCCUAGCUACCUCCACUCACACCCCCAAAGAAAGGCUCACGGUCACCGUCCCAGACCCAGUCCCAGCCCCAGCUCCAGCCACCUUUCCCUCACCUCACACCCCCAAAGAAAGGCUCACGGUCACCGUCCCAGACACAGUCCCAGACCCAGCUCUAGCCACCUUUCCCUCACCUCACACCCCCAAAGAGAGGCACGUUGUCACCCCGGAGCCCGAGAGGUUCGGCCCCCCAGAGCUCCUCAGCGUCCUGGCCAUGGGCCCACCAGUCCCGGCCCGUAUCGGUGGGCGUAAGCGACUCACCAUGGAGAAGAAGAAGAGGUCCUACUCCGAGCCUGAGAACAUGCAUGAGGUGGGGUUGGAGUCUGAUCCAAGGAGGACUAGCCAGCACCAGCUGUUCCUUUUCCCAGGUACAGAGACCAGCGUGGCGGACCGCAGGAGGAUGUUUGAGAUGGCUGCCAGCCGCAGCCUGAGCUCCAGCUCCCAGGGCUCCCAGGCUCCCCAGCGCCUCCAGGGCUCCCAGGCUUGUCUAGCCGUGUCUCGGCCGGAGCUCCGGCAGCUGCAGCAGGACGCCCUGGCCGACUACAUGGAGAGGAAGAGAGGCUGGAGGACAGACAGGGAUAGGGACAGGUCAGAGGGAGUGCGCACCCACCGUGACCGCCCUCACAGCGCCUACCUGCAGCCCUUUACAGACACCCGGAGUGUUUCCUCAACCUCCACCACCAGCCUAGCCUCUCUUCAGGAGCCUCUUGGCCAAGACAGCAGUUUCUCUGGUGGGGGAAGGCUCUGCUCCACCCUGCCUCCUGGCCUCCAGGGUUUCUAUCCAGGCAGGGUCACUGCACCACGCGUCCAGGCCAAGGCCCCAGCCUCUAUCUCCACCACCCACCCAGACACCUUGGGAUUCCACAGGCUACUGGAGGGAGAGCUGCCCAGAUCUAGCCUUGGUAGAGAAGACCCAGCCCAGGCCUAUGAGGCUCUCCGGAGCCAGGAGUUUUUCCUGCGAGGCGAUGGAGCCUUUGAGAGGGCAGUUCCAGCCCGGAACUCUGGCAAGUCAGCCUCUGCGGAGGACCUGCUGGAGCGCUCUGAGAGGCCUGCACCCCAGCACUUCAGAUCCCGCUCCUCGCCUUCUGGCGAGAGGCUCAAUCAGGACUUCAUGGCAGGAGGAGAUCCGAAGAUGUAUGGGAUAUUCUCUACCGAGCCCAGGCUUUUCACAAACAACGACAACAACAGGUCUAUGGACAGCCAGCAUCCUGACAGACCUGUCUCUGCCUCCAUGUCCCAGUCCCAGUCCCAGUCCCAGUGUUCAGAUACCCACCACCUUCUGAUCCAAAGCCCGUUCCAAAGCAACACCCCUGUGAUGAGGAGAGAUAGGCUGAAGAACCCCGACCGCCAGCGGGCCCUUAGUGCCUCCAGCCUGGCUGCCUCUGUAGGUCUCCCCUGCCCCUUUUUACCCCCAGGCACCAGCCCUACUAUCAGCCUGGACUGGCAGGCCAAUGAGAGGUUGAGCCAGGCCAACCUGGAGGCCAUAGCGUCCCCAACCCUGCUGCAGACCGCCACACCCAGGACCGUGUCCCCAGAGGCCCAGGUUCACCCAGAGGUGAGGAGAAGCCCCACAGAACAUCUACAGCAAGCCAUGGCCCAGUGCCAGAACCAGGGUCUGCAGACCAGGACCAGACAGGGCUCCUCAGACACCAGCACCUCAGAGGAGACCCUGAAACACUUCCUCAGAGAGAAAGAGGGGCCAAGCCCUCAAGCUUCAGCCAUUACACCAAAGACCAACCCACCCUCCGUCCUACCCAAAGCCUCCCCACCACCACCUCCAUUUAAAACCUCUCACAGACCACACACCCUACUCUCUCUCCGCAUCUCAGAGUCCACUCUGCAGGAGACCUCACCCCUACAAGUAGCUCCACACCUAGCCCCUCCCACAAUCUCACUACAGGACUAUGACGAGGUGUUCCUCCAGGAACCGGCCCCUCCUUCCCCUAUUCCUCCCCCGCUCCCAAUCCGGGAGACGGACAUCACAGAGGACUUCCCCCCGCCGCCUCCCCCUCUCCUGCCCCCCUCCUCACUCCCAGACAGAGAGGAGGAGGAGAAUCAUCAUGGACCUGGGCUACAGCACCUCAACAGCUGUGAGUUCCCAUCUCUCCCCUCCUCCUACCGUCAGACAGUACCCCCCUCUAUCCCCCUGUCUGUCUCUCCGAGGCCGAGCCUAACCCCUGAGCCCCAGCCUGAGACCCCCACCACCCUCAGCAACAGUUUCCCAGAGCCCCAGCAGGGGCCUAGCGGUGAGGAAAGCCUGGGGCAAGAGUACCAUCUCUCAGCCAGGAGGGAGAGGUCUGCUGGGGAACUUAGGGUGGAGGCCCUGGCCAGACAGCUGGUGUCACGGGGGGAUAGGACCCUGAGCCCGAUGCUGGACAGCUGGGCAGAGGGUGGGCGGACCAUGGACCUGAUGGAGAGGAUCUUCCCCGCGGGGGGAGGGAGGUUGCUGUGGCAACGCCGCAGGAGCAGUCUGGAGGACAGAAGUCAAGAUGGUGUCUGUUCAAUAGGACCCAAUCUGCUGCAGAGAACAGAGGGAGGAGGAAGAGGAGGAGCAGGAGGAGGAGGAGGCGAGGAGGACACAGAUCUGCAUGACGACGAGACAGACCUCAAUCAGAAGAAGGUGGAGCUACUCCAGGCCCUGACUCUGAGCAUUACCUCCUUGCGGGAUGAGAAGGAGGUUCUGGCGGAGGAGCAGAGGAGGUUCCGGGCCCUAGGGGGCCACAUAGAGAGCCUGGUUCAAGAGCACUGUAAGCCCAACGAGAGGGAGAAGUACAAGAUGCUCAUCGGGGACAUGGAUAAGAUAGUCAACCUUCUGCUGUCUCUGUGUGGCCGGCUGGCCCGGGUCCAUAACGCUCUCUCUGCCCUGGACAGAGAGGAGCAGACAGAGGACUUCCAAGAGGAAAGGGAGUCCUUACAGCAGAAGCGCAGGCAGCUGUGUAGUCAGCACGAGGAUGCCAGGGAGUUGAAGGAGAAUCUGGACAGGCGGGAGCGUGUGGUACUGGACAUCCUGGGUGGGUACCUGACUGGGCCGCAGCUUAGAGACUACCAGCACUUCGUCUGUAUGAAACCAGCCCUGCUGAUCCGCCAGAGACACCUGGAUGAGCUCCUUAAGCAGUGGGAUGAACAGCUCAGCAGGCUGGCUGAGAGUAUCCCUCCAGGGGACCACCAGGCCCAGCCCAGCUCACCUAUCCCUGGGUUGAACCCCAGCCUCGGCCCUAACCUUAGAGCUCCCAGCCCUAACCUUAGAGCUCCCAGCCCUAACCUUAGAGCUCCCAGCUCUAACCUUAGAGCUCCCAGCCCUAACCUUAGAGCUCCCAGCCCUAACCUUAGAGCUCCCAGCCCUAACCUUAGAGCUCCCAGCCCUAACCUUGGUCCUACCCACACAGUCCGCUCCACCACUGUGACAUCACUGUGACAUCACCCCAACAACAACAGUGCUCCUGGUCACUCCUACAGUUGCUGUGUCUCUGACCCAGUGGGAGGAGCGCCAUGAGUCUGGCGAGCAAGAUGCAACAGUACUUGAUUGAAGAGAGAGACAUGCUCUAUAUGGAGCAGGAAGGAUGUCUGUCGGUCUGUCCCCUUGUUGCAGACAGACAGGUAGACAGGCAGACAGACAGACAGGCAGACAGACAGACAGGCAGACUGCAUUCAGACAGACAGACAGACAGACAGACAGACAGACAGACAGGCAGACUGUAUUCAGACAGACAGGCAGACAGCAUUCAGACAGACUGCAGACAGACAGGCAGACAGACUGCAUUCAGACAGACAGGCAGACAGACAGGCUGCAUUCAGGCAGACUGCAGACAGACAGGCUGCAUUCAGACAGAUUGCAUUCAGACAGAUUGCAUUCAGACAGACUGCAUUCAGACAGACUGCAUUCAGACAGACAGGCAGACAGACAGACUGCAUUCAGACAGACUGCAUUCAGACAGACUGCAUUCAGACAGACUGCAUUCAGACAGACUGCAUUCAGACAGACAGACUGCAGACAGGCAGACAGACAGACUGCAUUCAGACAGAUUGCAUUCAGACAGACUGCAUUCAGACAGAUUGCAUUCAGACAGAUUGCAUUCAGACAGAUUGCAUUCAGACAGACUGCAUUCAGACAGACUGCAUUCAGACAGACAGGCAGACAGACAGACUGCAUUCAGACAGACUGCAUUCAGACAGAUUGCAUUCAGACAGACAGGCAUUCAGACAGAUUGCAUUCAGACAGACUGCAUUCAGACAUAUUGCAUUCAGACAGACUGCAUUCAGACAGACAGGCAGACAGACAGACUGCAUUCAGACAGACUGCAUUCAGACAGAUUGCAUUCAGACAGACUGCAUUCAGACAGACUGCAGACAGACAGACUGCAUUCAGACAGUCUGCAUUCAGACAGACAGGCAGACAGACUGCAUUCAGACAGACCGCAUUCAGACAGUCUGCAUUCAGACAGACAGGCAGACAGACAGACUGCAUUCAGACAGACUGCAUUCAGACAGACCGCAUUCAGACAGAUUGCAUUCACGAUCAAUGCAUUCUUGUGCCUCUAUUUAUGCUUCCUAUGUUACUCAAGCUUUUUCACAUAUUUGUAUUCUGACUGGCCACUCAGCAUGUCUUUGGUUGAUUCAAUACACUGUUGAAGUACCUAGUUGUAUUCAUACGAGUGGAUCAAAGCUUUGAGAGUAACGAUGGUGGAUGUACAACUUCCUGUCAAGAAAUGUUGUUCCCCAUAUAUUUAUAACAUUACUAGUGCCUUUACGUUUGUAUAUCACUACAGCUGAGCACUUUUUUUGGGCAGUUUAACUACUGAUUGGUCAGAAUGGUCAGAAUGACAGAACUAGAAUGGCUUCUAUUUCUCAUUCUGUUCCUAUUGGUUCAGGAGGAACCGGACCUGAAAAAUCUAAUCAAAUCAAAUAGGCCUGUUUUCUUUACCAACAUAAUAGCACGCUCUCACACAUAUUAAUAUGUAGUCACAAUCUAAGGCAAUAUUAUGCUUCAAACACUUCUAAUUCAGACUCGAAAAUGAUAGUUUAUGAUAAAAGCUACCAUGGCAUUGACAACAACUGCUAUUAUUAUUUAUAUUAUAAAAAAGGAACGCAAGUGGCUGUACAUAUGAUGUCUGCUAACCUCUUAUGAUUUUUAAUAUGUAGAUGACAACAACAAAAACAUUUUAUAUUUUUUGGAAACUGAAAAAAAAACAUGUGAAAUUUAAAACAAAUGUGAUUUCUCUCAGAGAAGGCAAGGUGAUGUCAUGAUGAUGUCAUGUUCUAGAACUUGUGAAAUCAACAAAACAUUUCACCAUGUCAUUGGAAUUAGGUUAAAAGUUGGGUGAAAAACAGACUAAAUAUCCUUUUGUUGAUGACUUUUUGCAAAUCUAAACUGUUUUCUACGUUGAUUUAACAUCAUCGUAUUGAUUUGUUGGGUUGAAAUGACGUGGAAACAACCUUGAUUCAACCAGUUUUUGCCCCGUGGGAAGUGUGUGUGUGUUUGGUGUCAGCGUGAGUGUGUGUGUGUGUGUGUGUGUGUGUGUGUGUGUGUGUGUGUGUGUGUGUGUGUGUGUGUGUGUGUGUGUGUGUGUGUGUGUGUGUGUGUGUGUGUGUGUGUGUGUGUGUGUGUGUGGUGUCAGCGUGAGUGUGUGUGUGUGUGUGUGUGUGUGUGUGUGUGUGUGUGUGUGUGUGGUCAGCGUGCGUGAGUGUAGAGUCCUGUGACUCCUUGCUUGUUUCCCCUCCACUAAAAUGUACUAUGCCAAUUGAUAUUGUUGUGUCCUUUUGAGAGAACCUUUUAAAGCAUCUACAGAUGAUCCUAAUUUGAGUCAAAUAUACUGUAUCAGGCACAUAUUCAUGUUAAUAUUUUCACCAAAUGGUGCCAUCCAUUUUUUUCUUCAUAGCUUUUCAGAAGCAUAACUGAAUUCUCAGAUUUGACAGAUUUUCCUAAUCAAAAUUCCAUGUAUCGAUUGUGCUUUACGAAGCGUAGGAGAAGGGAGGCUGAUUGGAAAAAAGAUCCUUGUUUUACAAAUAAAUCUAUUUUUAAACAGA